AUUCACUCGCCCCAUUGAGGAGUCUUGCAGCAGCACCCGCAGCACCUGCAGGCGCCGCGGCAGCUGCGUUUAGGUUUUUUCUCUGCAGCCCGCGCCAAUCCUUUUGCCACACGAGCCCACGCUCUUGGCGGGGCAUAAGGCAGAGAGAGAAGGGAAAACCAGGGCCCUACAGCGUGACAGUGGAGGACGUUGAAUAUUUCAUCAUCAGUAGGCCGGAGCCGCACUUGAGCCGAGUCCCUCCCCGCCCGCCGGGGUCGGUAGACUCGUCCCCCGUGUGUCGCGGCUCCUUUUUGUGUCACCCUACGGAAGGGGCCAGAAAAGUCUCCUCCGACGGCGGUGAGAAUCCGUCAUUGCCGGCUGUCAAACGACACACAUCAACCACGUUGCCCCCGCCCCCCCUGGCCAGGUGCCUGCGAGCCCUGGGAGCUUGUUUGCUCUCUGGCGUCACGAGACAAGAGACGAGUGGUUCCCCUCCGGUUCCCGCGCGCCGGCCAGACGCUGGGGAAAGCACAGAUGGCGUCCGAGGAGUUGGAAGACACGAGCCGGGUAGGCGAGUGGCGUUCCAUUGUGACCCUGGUGGUUUUUGUUUUGACGAAUGUCAACGUCCUGUUCCCGUUUCACAUUCCCAUCUUCAUACCCCGGAAGCUCUCCAACCUGUUUGUGGACGCCCUCGCCGCGGUCCGCAUCAUCCCCAAAAGGCGGCGGCGGCGGAAAGUCGUCGCCGACCCGGACACCGGCACUCAUGUUCUCCCCGGCGGCGGCACAGCCAUCGACUACGACGGCGGCGAUGGCUAUGGUGAUGGUGAUGAUGACAACAACGGCAAGCUCAAGCCGUACGUGCGGCUCAACUUCCCCAUGAACUUCGUCACCGCGCCCCUCAUCGCCGACCUCUUCCUGCUCGCCAUCCAGGCCAUCGGCCGCCAGGAGGUCCACGACGGCACCAUCGGCGCCGACAACAUCUCGCCCAUCGACAUCAUGGCCUUCUUCAUCACGCUCGCCUACAUCGCCAUCUCCAUCGACGCCUCGGGCCUCAUCCGCUACCUCGCCUUCAAGGUCCUGCAGUGGGGCGGCAAGGUCGGCCACCGCCUCUUCUUCUUCCUCUACGCCUUCUUCUUCGUCCUCGGCAGCUUCAUCGGCAACGACCCCAUCAUCCUCUCCGGCACCGCCUUCCUCGCCUAUAUGACGCGCGUGUCGAGCAACAUUGUCCACCCGCGCGCCUGGAUCCACACGCAGUUCGCCGUCGCCAACAUCGCCUCGGCCAUCCUCGUCUCGUCCAACCCGACCAACCUUGUCCUCGCGGGCGCCUUCAACAUCAAGUUCAUCAACUACACCGCCAACAUGAUUGUUCCCGUCGUGGCGACGGCCGUCAUCCUCUUUCCCUUCUUGCUGUACAUUGUCUUUGCCGAUGUGGACCUGAUUCCGUUAUCCAUCGAAAUGCACGAGCUGUCCCAGGAGGAUAAGGAGAAGAAGCCCGUUAACCCCAACAUUCCACAUGCCCGCGGCCACGUCGAGGAGGACGAGUCCGACCUAGCCAACAACGAGCAAGGUAAGCUGCUCUCUCUGGAAGAAAUCAUGAACCCCUUCCUCGACAAGGGCGGCGCCGCAUUCGGCGCCAUCAUCAUGGCCGCCACGCUCGUCACUGUGCUGGCCCUCAACGCCUCGAGCGCAAAAGAAGGCCCGCACCCCGUCUUUUGGGUCACCCUGCCAGCCGCAUUCGUCAUGUUCUGCUGGGACUUGGCCUUCGGCUGGCACAAUCGCAAGAAGACUCGCGAAAUCGCGCGCCUAGGCAGGCAGGAGAUCGAGAAUGCAAGGGCAGAGCGAGCGAACCGACAGCAGCUCGAACGCAGGGCGUCCACCAUGUCCGGCGGCCAAGCGUUCGAGAUGUCCGUGAGAAUCAGCAACUCCCAGCCCCGCAAAGGAUCAUCCGGACAGGAAGUCUUCGAUGCCGCUCCGCCCCAUCCCUCAACGCCCGCCAUCCUCGUCUCUGAGGGUACGGGCGACGAAAGGGAUCUCAUGCCCAGUCAAGCAGACACGUUGGCUUGCUCGCAGGUCACAUCCACCGCGGACACAGUCAAGCAAGACCCAGCUCUGACCAGCGACCUGAGCUCUUUCGAAGAGAAGCAUCGGCAAGACGUCAAGCCCACUGCUGCCCAAGGCGUGUUCCUCCCCUCCUCGCCCAGCGACGGGACGGAUCAGGUUUCCGAUCAGCACAACCCCGACACCUCCCUGCCGCCUCCCCGCCGUGGCCCGACCACCCUGGUGUCUCUGGGUGAGGACGCGCUGCGCUGGACCCAGGAGACGUUCCCCACGGCCGCGGCCGUCGUCCUGCACCUCCCGUUCGCGCUCGUGCCGUUUGCGUUUUGCAUGUUCGUGCUCGUCCAGGGCCUCGUCACCAAGGGAUGGGUCCCCGUCUUCGCCCACGGCUGGGACCACUGGGUCAACAAGACGGGCACCAUCGGCAGCAUCGCCGGCAUGGGCUUCCUCUCGGUUGUCCUGUGUAACUUCGCCGGCACCAACAUUGGCACCACCAUCCUGCUGUCCCGCGUCAUUCAGUCCUGGCAGGCCAUCCACAAGGCCUCGGGCGAGCCCAUAUCGGACCGCACCUUCUGGGCCACCGUCUACAGCAUGGCCAUUGGCGUCAACUACGGUGCCUUUAGCACCGCCUUCAGUGCCUCGCUUGCUGGCCUGCUGUGGCGGGAUAUCCUCGCCCGCAAGCACAUCUGCGUGCGCAGUCUUGACUUUGCACGCGUCAACCUCCCCAUCAUCACCAUUGCCAUGAUCGUUGGGUGCGUGGUUCUCGUGGGCCAGAUUUACAUCACAAGAGGGGAAGGGCCGUAUGAUGCAUAAUGAUAGAUACCCGUACGACGACAUAGAAUAACAAAACAAAGCAUGUCUCCG